UUGUUCUUGUUAUCUAUCAUUUUAUUAUAUUUAUUUUGACUGCUUUACUGACAGUUUGGCGCGUGAAGCGCUGACAAAAUUAGUAAAAUAUGCCUCUCGCGGCGAAAUGAUAUUUAACCAGGUGGUUUAUUUUCUACUCAUUCUUUUGGGGGUCUUUAAACAACCCGGAAGUAAAGCUCACCGGUCGCUUAGUUCGUAAAUUAACAUUUUCAGACGAUUCCAACACGCCAGUUUGGUUAUAGUGUAAUUGUAUAUUAUCAUCACAAUAUUUAUGACUUCCAAAAUAGUGCAUUAUCAUAUAAAUAACAAAGAUGCUCUGCUUUUACAGUUUAUUUUGAUCAGAAUAAGAAAUGGAACAAAGCGGAGUGGGUUUUUAAUUGAUUGACAUUUUCUUAUCGUUCCAGCCUUUGUAACUUUAUCGGCUUGUCAUAUGAUUAUUUUACGAUUUUAUGUUAUAGUUGAUUUAAAAAUUGUUAAUAAGGUAAUGAACUAAAUCAUUUAGCAAAAUACUUUUUCGCGCCUUACCGUUACUGUCCAGCAGGCGGCGGCGGCGGCAUCAAAGACAACGAUUGUUGAUUUAGACCACCGCCGAAGAAGUGAAGACAUACGUAAGAGCGAUUAAUUCGCUGAAUUUAACAACGUUGUCUUUCGGUUAUACAAAGGGAAGGGCGGAGUCACCGGUGAGAUUAACAACACCUAGAGAUUAACCCAAGAACAGAAGAGCAGCGGAUCUGACAGCAGCAAAGGAAAACCUCUGAACGAAAAAUUAAGCGAAAUAUGUUUUCUCUUCCUACAACCUUUCAGUCGCAGGGAACAGUGCCUUUGACCCAUCUGAUCAAUGUGGUCCAGUACCUGAAGAGUUCAGCCAACACUGCCAUUACCACAUCGGUGCAGGGUCUACAGAGAGACCUUUCACCUGAACAUGACCCACUUCUCAAUGAGCCCAAAGUAAAUUUAAAGGACCUGGGUCUGUCAGAGCUGAGGUUCAGUCAUGUACGGGAUGUUCUGGAGCGCCUGCUGCCUUCUAGAGAUCCAGAGGAGAAAUCCAUAUCCAGCGCUGCUCAAUACUCAACAACAUGGAGAACAUCUCACAUUUCUGCCUCCUCCUUUUUCCAAAACAAAUAUGGGUUCUCUCACAAGCACAUGGGACUCUUUGGCUCUCCAGUGUUUCGCAGGCAAAGCUCCAGCCCGCUCCAGGCGGCCUGCGUAGAUCUGCAUCAUCUGCAAUUAUGGGUCCAAAACAGAGGUUUCAAGACAAUGAAGUCCAAGACUAGACAUCUGCAGUCUGGUUUUGAAGGUCCAGUAGAUGCAGAGAAUUAUAAGCCAGCCUUUAUGAAGGGCCUCCUUAUGAAGGAAAAGCAAGACAUGGGGAGUCUUGAACAGUUAUUGAAACAGAAUAACUUGCCAGAGUCUGACCAGGAUGCUUUUAAGAUCGGCUUCACAGAGGGCAUCAUGAAAGCUCAGGCUUUGACACAGAGAACUCAAGACUCUGUAAAGAGGACACGUCUGAUUAUUCUUGUCCUCCUGCUGGUGGGUCUGUAUGGUGUGUCCAGAAGCCCUCUCUUCUCGGGUAAAGGGUCAUUUUCCGACACUGUUCGUUUCCGCACCACCUCUGGUCUGGAUUCAGCUGUGGACCCCAUUCAGAUGAAGAAUGUCACCUUUGAACAUGUAAAAGGUGUGGAGGAAGCCAAAAACGAGCUUCAGGAUGUUGUUGAAUUUUUGCGAACCCCCCAGAAAUUCACUGUGCUCGGUGGUAAACUUCCCAAAGGUAUCUUGCUUGUGGGGCCUCCAGGAACAGGAAAAACCCUGUUGGCCAGAGCUGUAGCAGGUGAAGCAGACGUGCCCUUCUACUACGCCUCCGGGUCAGAGUUUGACGAAAUGUUUGUGGGAGUCGGCGCGAGUCGCAUCAGAAACCUUUUCAAGGAAGCCAAAGCUAGUGCACCAUGUGUAAUAUUUAUCGACGAACUGGACAGUGUAGGAGGAAAGAGAAUUGAGUCUCCAAUGCACCCAUACUCGCGACAAACCAUCAACCAGCUGCUCGCUGAGAUGGAUGGGUUUAACCCCAAUGAAGGAGUCAUCGUGAUUGGAGCUACGAACUUUGCUGAAGCUUUGGACAAUGCUCUGGUGAGACCUGGCCGGUUUGACAUGCAGGUCACCGUCCCAAGACCAGAUGUGAAGGGCCGCACAGAAAUACUGGAGUGGUAUUUGAAAAAAAUUAAAGUGGAUUCUGCUGUUGAUGCAGAGAUCAUUGCCAGGGGAACGGUGGGUUUCUCUGGAGCCGGAUUGGAGAACUUGGUGAACCAGGCGGCGCUGAAAGCAGCAGGCGAUGGGAAAGACCUGGUGACCAUGAAGGAGCUGGAGUUUGCAAAGGAUAAGAUCCUGAUGGGCCCAGAGCGCCGGAGUGUGGAGAUAGACAAGAGAAAUAAGAUGAUCACAGCCUAUCAUGAAUCAGGACACGCUAUAGUGGCUUAUUACACCAAAGACGCAAUGCCCAUCAACAAAGCUACCAUCAUGCCACGCGGCCCUUCACUUGGUCAUGUAUCCUUGCUGCCAGAGAGUGAUCGCUGGAGUGAGACACGGGCCCAGCUGCUGGCUCAGAUGGACGUCAGCAUGGGCGGCAGGGUUGCUGAGGAACUGGUGUUUGGAAAUGAUCACAUCACUACUGGAGCAUCCAGUGAUUUUGAUGGAGCAACUAAAAUAGCACAGAUGAUGGUGACGCAUUUUGGAAUGAGUGACAAGCUGGGGGUCAUGACCUAUAAUGACCUGACGAACCAUAGCCCGGAGACCCAGGCCGCUGUAGAACAGGAAGUCAGGGUGCUGUUGCAGAACUCGUAUGAAAGGGCAAAGACGCUACUUAAGACCUACAGCAAAGAACACAAGCUGCUGGCCAGUGCCCUGCUGACUUACGAGACUCUAAAUGCAAAGGAAAUUCAGAUGAUCCUGGAGGGAAAGUCACUGGAUCCCAGAUGAUGAAGUCUUGGAUUAACAGAGACAUUUCAAAGCACAAUCUUACUGUACCUGUAAAUAUAAAUAUUUGUAAUAAGAAAGACAUUUGAAAGACUUUCUAGCCUUCUCUCCUAAUAUUUUUCAUUUUUCAGGCAAAACAUCAGCUUUCAAACAGACACUAAGCUAACAGAAAUUCAGAAUUUUCCCUUUUAAUUUAAGAGGGUGAAUUGAUGCCAAAAGUGCAUAUGCCUCAGCAGUGAACCAAUGGUAAUAACUACAAAUCAGUUAAACUAUAAAGUCUUGCUUUGUUUUUAGAACCUAAGUAUACUACAGCAAAAUUAUGAUCUUCAUUAUGAUGUUGGUUUUGUUCAUCCUAUUCUCUUUUACCCUGUCAUCAGAUUGAAGCACUUGUUUACAAGUUAUUUUAUGAAAUGGAGAAAAACAGGAAGCUCAUUUGAAAGCAAGUGGCAAAUCAGAAUGUCCUGUUUUCAAUAAUCAUAGUAGUACAGAUUGUUCACUUUUACCAUGCAACCUUAAACCACAAACCAAUUACGAAUAUGACUUCAGAAUGGCGGUAUUAUUUUAAGCUGAGCAAUUGACUCUGAGUACUGUAGAUUUUUGUGUAAUGUUUCUGAUGAAUCUUUCGACCUUAGUAGGCCCUAAUUUUAUUCAUUAAGUUAUUUAUUUCAGUAUACUUUUUUCCAGGGGUAGCUAAAAGCCUCCUGUCCCUAUCCUCUGCCACAUUUGGGUUGUCUGCAUGUGUAUGUUUAAAUGAUUCAGGUAACUGCAGUGUUUAUAUGUGUGUUUGAAAAAAUUAUUUGUGUGCUUUCUUUUGAAAUGAAUACCAUGAUUAUUUUUAUUUCUCCAAAUCAGAAAUGAACAUGGAUAGACUAAAUAAAUAAAAAAAUAAAGUUUA